UGAAGUUGUGUUUAUAUAUUAAGUUCCAGGUCAAUAGCAUCUGCUUGUGGAAGUUUGAUCAUUUAAUAGGUAGUUUAGAGAUGUUAUAAUGACAUACCAACAAAAAGGGGAGACCGUCCUAGUAGGCUACUACGCCAAAAGCAAUGAAUGGUGUGACGUAGAGGAAGUGCUGCCCCAGCAGAGCGAGUAUCUUCAGUGUAGCCUAUAGUUCCAAAAGCGUUCUAGCGUCGCUUCAAUGAACGCGCCAGCCUCGAUGCCAUUCGUCGGCGCUUCAUUUCUGCACGAUCCGUGCCGCGCUUUGGAAAAACUGCAUCUUGCCAAAGAGCGUGGAAAUCUACUUGCACAUUUUACACACAGCAAAAGUGCUUCUUCGUGCGCUGACUUGGUUGCUAUUUUCUCUUCCGUCUUUCUGUGAGCUCGAAUGUCAGUGGAAUAAUUAGAAAUACAGCGUUUGCUUUAACUCUCUUCUUCGGCCUCGUAACGUCAACGACGUCGCCUCUCUUUUUUUCGCCCUUGGCUGGAGGUUCACUGGAAUAUAAGCGCUGUGAUUUCGAGCGGUGAAGCGGCAUUCCUCGCGCCGCGCUCGAGACGUGUGCGGAUCUUGACCGCGCGCUGCAGCAACGGCCAAUCCAUCUAUCUCCACACACCAGCGCGCGCUGGACGUGCAGGUUCGCUGACAGUUCUUGCUUUAAAGUGAACAAACAACGUUUUUGUGAGUCAUAACCAAUGAAUGUGAAACUAAAUCAUACCAUUUUCCUUAAAAACGUUUUUUUAAUGAGAGAACUCUCAGCGACGCCAUGUGAAUGUGUCAUUUUUCGGAGCUCUUCUCUGUGAGAGAACGUUUUUUCCGUUACGAUGUACUUCGAAUAACCGACUUUUUCCUGCUCGCGCUCGUUUUAUCGCGUUUAAUAACGAUGGCCACCGAAAUUCGCUUUGACAAUCGGAAUAUUGUGGAGAAAUACAUCAAUCACAAACUUUCAAAGAAGGGAUAUGUGUGGAAAUCGCAAUCUUCUGGGGAGGAUGAUGACACCGUCGAUAAAGGAGUCGAGGGGUCCUCUCUAAACUCUGACAGGAGGCUUCAGGCUCCCUCAGCCGGAGGGGGGAACAACUCUGAAUGCCUGAUAGCUCACCGGGUCACUCGUUCAGACCCUUAUUCAAGGAUCUACCGGGCGCUACGCGAGGCUGGAGACGAGAUAGAAAGGAUAUACCAGCGUGAAUUUGAGGAGAUGUCCCACCGCAUGAUAUUCAGUCCCAAUACAACGCAACGCAGCUUCUUAGCCGUGGCAGAAGAGCUCUUUAUAGACGGAGUGAACUGGGGGCGGAUCGUCGCUUUCUUUGAGUUUGGUGGGACCAUGUGUGUGGAGAGCGUCAACCGGGAGAUGGCGUCCCAGGUAGAUAAUAUUGCACACUGGAUGACAGACUACCUGAACGGGCCUCUGGAAAACUGGAUCGAGGAAAAUGGAGGCUGGGAUGCCUUCGUGGAGUUGUACAGUCAGCAGAGAGACUCAGUGUUCCACCCAUUUUCGUACCUAACUAAAGUACUUGGAUUGGCAGUGCUCGGCUUAGCAGGAGUGACCAUCGGAGCCUUUUUCGCUCAGAAGUGACGGCUCUACGGGUCUCUUCACCAAACUAUCUCUCUUUCUCUGCCUGUCUCUCCUCUUCAGCUUAUCAAAGCAUCUUUCAGCGCCACACUGCCCUGCAAAGCCCAGCACCAGUGCCCUUCAAAGGCUGCCGCUGAUCCGGCGCCCCUCCAGCCACAGGAGCUGCGGCACUCACGCUCUUUCACCCUCUCUGGAGUGAAGAAAACACGAAGAAAAAGAAUACAGAAUGAUGACUCACAGGAACGCUCCCACACUUUAACUAUAAUGCUCGUCACUGCCAUGUACAGUUGCACUCGCACAGAGAUCGACACACAAAGCACAUGCACACACAGACACUUGCUCGCAUAAUUCAUAUGGAGGCAAAAAUACAAAAAAAAAACAUUUUAUCUUUAAAGUUUGUUUCUUAUGUACGAAACAAGUACAAAGAGAUUUUUAAACUUCAGGUUGUGCUUUUUGGACAUUUUUAUAUCAGGUUUUUUUUGGCAUUUUGUAGCAUGAAUCAAAAAAAAAAAAAAAAAGAGAGAGGAAAAUAGGAACGUUUGCCGGCAUGAAUGUAAAUGACUUCUCCACUAUUUGCAUGUGUGGAGAAAGAGACUCUUUUAGCUACUUUUUUAUUGCAUGAUGGCAUUUUGAACUCGACCACCUACCCCUUCUCUGUUGAUUCGGGGUGUUUUUUGUUUUUGUUUAUUUCUCUUUCACUCCAUUGGAUGGACCUCUUGAGAUCUCCCGUCAAACCAACAGAUGUUGAGCAUUCCUCAUUAAAAAGUUCCUCUUUGAUUUACUCUGUGUUUUACUGUUUGGCGAGCACAAAGAAUGUGCCGACAACCAAACCAAAGCAGCUAUCAUGAUGUAAUUGGGUCAUGGAGUUGAAUGACCCAGAUCGCCCCUCUUGAAUGUAAAGACUGGAAGUUUGACCUCUGAAAGGUUUCCCAUUGUAUAUUGUUAUACACAUGCAUUUUUUUUGUAUAUAAGUUUGUUUUGGUUUGAUUUCUGCAAAAUUUCGCAAUUUCAAGGGUAUUGUGUACGUAUAAUGUCCGUGUACAUGUAGUGUGAGUGUGUGUAUAUCUGUAAAUAGAUUGUGUUGAGAGCUGGACUUGGCUGUGCUCUUGUGGAGAACGUGGGCAGCCCGCCACUUCUGUCCAGCCCAGCCAGGUGUGUGUGUGCGUCUGUAGAUGAAACAGGCAGGUGGUAGCUGGGAACAGAAGUUCAUUCAGGCUGGCAUGAUAGGCAUGCAGGCCAGCGGGGCUUUGAAGAGACUUUGUACACAACGGACUAUGUAAUACACGGCCCAGGUGUAUCACUUAUCCCUCCUCACUGCUCCCAAUGUUAUCUUUCUGGCACGGUAGAUUACAGACGCCUUGUGAGCUGUACAUUUUUGGAUGCCCCCACAACCAAAGAAAUCCAAUCUGUCUGCUGUAACUUCCACCCCAGAGAGGGUCUCAUCUAGUGCUACCCCACAACUUCCACGUUAUAUUCCACUGGGAGAGUAGAUUUCUCAUUCAAAGGAAGAUACUGAGACACUAGGUUGUCCUAAUGUAUUUUUUCCCCUCAGAUGUUCAUUAAAGUAGCUGAUAUAGAUUUAGCGCUCUGCAUCUCCCUGUCAGGGCAAAAGCCCACUGAGACCAAACAGACUAUGGCUAAAAAUAUUUCAACAUCUUCAGUGUUUAGUAAAUUUUGUUUUGAAUGUCUGUAAUAUUUGAGCCAUAUGCUGAAAUCUUGCAAAAACAGAAUAAUUUAUAUAGACCACAAGGUUGUGCAAAAGUUGACAUUGGAAUUGGCACCCUUUCGGUUCACAAGUGUGAAUUUGAUUUGAAUUAGCCACACCCCAGAGGAAACUGAAUUGGAAUUUGACUUGGAAUGACAGGAAGGGGAAUUUGCUAAAUUGCUAAAUUUAAAUUAAAAAAUAAAUUCAAAUUCAGAAAUUAAAUGUAAAAACGUAUUCCAUUAAACCAAUUUCGCACAACCCUGAUACAGUGUCUACAGACUUCAGUAAAGUGGAUGGCAUAUGUAAUGUGGUGUGAACGAAAAAGAGGCUGUGAAGGAUGAAAGUAAAUGGUUAUAUGUCUAAUUAACUUAAUUUUUUGUCCAAUAAAAAUUUGUGGAAAGACAUAUUUCAGUAUUUUGUUGGCCAAACAGUCCUUGGAAUACAAGAGUACAACAUAAACAAACUACUCCUUUCCCUCACAGUCUCAUUUUCAUUCAAGUCAAUACUCUUAACUAAGGAUCCAAAUCAGGAUCGACUUUAUCUAGUCUAUCAACACAAUACUCUCGAGUGUGUAGCGGUACAGAUUAAACAUUCGCUAUCUUAAUAGUGUACUAUAUUGCUGCACCCUUUACAAGGGUGGUGCAGGACUAUAUCAGAAUAUGUUAAAGCGAGUUUUAAAGACUCACACUGUAAGAUAAUUUUACUUUAGCUGCUAAAGAUCUAGCAAUGUAAGACGACAGGGUGUGGAGUUGAGCUUCUCCCUGUUGCUACACCAUAUGAAGCUGCUUGUGGAUGAACCAGCAUAUAACUGCCACUGCUGGAGCGGAACUAGUCCAUCCACUCCUUAAGUCUCACUUUCCCUCUGGUUAGGAGAAGCUGAGAAGUCUAUUACAAUCAGACUCUAGAUGCACCUACUUGAGUCUAAGGGUGCUUUCACACCUGGCCCGUUGUUUCGGAACCUGGCGCGUU